CGCACGGCCACGCCCCUCCGCUCGUCUGCCCCCCGCGCCGCUGCAGCCGCAGCAUCGGAGCCCGGCCCGGCCCGGCUUCGAACCCCCGCCGCUCGGCGCCCGCCUGGCCGUUGCCGUCCCGGGCGGGGAAGGAUUGAUGUGGAGGCCCAGAGCGGCCCCGCCGCCACCGCCAUGCAGCCGCCGCCGAGGAAGGUGAAAAUCACUCAAGAGCUGAAACUCAUCCAGGCUGAGCAGAUGACAAAACUUCAAGCGAAGCAUCAGGCAGAAUGCGACUUACUUGAAGACAUGAGGACGUUCAGCCAGAAGAAAGCAGCGAUUGAGAGGGAAUAUGCACAGGGGAUGCAGAAGUUGGCUGGCCAGUACUUAAAGAAAGACUGGCCAGGUGUGAAAGCAGAGGAACGGAACGACUUUAGGAGCCUCUACCCUGUGUGGAAAUCGUUUCUAGAAAGCACCGUGCAAGUCGCCCAGUCCAGGAUCAAUAUCUGUGAAAACUAUAAAAACCUCAUUUCGGAGCCUGCCAGGGCGGUGAAGUGCUUUAAAGAGCAGCAGCUGAAAAAAUGUGUGGACCAGCUGAUCAGGAUCCAGACCGAACUUCAGGAGACAGUCAAAGAUUUAGCGAAGGGGAAGAAGAAAUAUUUCGAAACGGAGCAGAUGGCCCAAGCUGUCCGGGAAAAGGCCGACAUUGAGGCCAAGUCAAAACUUAGCCUUUUCCAAUCGAGGAUAAGCUUACAGAAAGCAAGUGUUAAAUUAAAAGCACGCCGGUCUGAAUGUAACUCUAAAGCUACUCAUGCAAGGAAUGAGUAUCUCCUCACCUUAGCAGCUGCCAACGCUCACCAAGACCGCUACUAUCAGACGGACUUGGUAAACAUUAUCAAGGUAAUGAUGAACGAUUAA